AGAGAGAGAGAGAGAGAGAGAGAGAGAGAGAGAGAGAGGAGGAACGAAAGAACGCGGUCGCUCCCAGAGAUUUCGAACUGCACUGCAAACGGGGACCACAGUCCUUACUGAGCCGGAGUUUGACUACGUACUCGCGGCUGAGAGACUUUGGGGUCUGCGCAGUUGGUCGCUCACCACCACCACCACCACCACCAGCAUCGCCACCAUUUCCACCACCAUCACCGUCGUCGUCGCCGCCACCGCCGUCGCCGCCGCCGCCGUUGCUGCCACCACUGCCAUCGCCUCCACCACCAUCGCCGCCGCCGCCGCCGCCGCUGCCGCCGCCGUUGCUGGCCGUCGCCGCCACCGCCGCUUCAACCCCAAACCUCCAUGGCAGCUCUCGACGCCAACCCUAACCUGCUCCACCCGGCAGCGCCCUAACUUCGCCGCAUGGAGAGCGUCGCCUCGAGUCACGCAUCGCGCGAUGGUCAAGAUGAGGGUGUUGCGUCUGCUCGUGGUGUGCCUGGUCGCUUCGACGUUCGGCCUGAACGAGGAGGAGCUGCUGGAGCAAGAGUGCCCAGUAGACUGCCACUGUCACUACUUUCGCAUCAACUGGGUGACGGACUGCUCGGAUAGCAACCUGACGACCAUCCCGUACGGCGAGCUCAGCCAGAACGUCUAUAUCUUAGACAUGAACGAUAAUAAUAUCGCAGACCUCGGCCCGUUUCCCAGCUCCAUCAAGCUGAGGCGCCUCCAGAUGGCGCACAACCGAUUGACCGAGCUGUCGUACGAAUCCUUCGCCGGAUUAACGUACCUCCUGGACGCGGACUUCUCGCACAACGCCAUCAGGCGCGUCGAUCCCGAGGCGUUCCGGGACAGCCCGGGUCUGAUCACGUUGGAGCUGCAACACAACCCCCUGGACGUGGUCGAGGGACCGUUCCUCAAUUGCCGUACGCUGCUCUACCUCGACCUGAAUUCGUGCGGUAUCCGCCAGCUCGACACGCGCUUCUUCUACAACACGACGAAUUUGAAUAAGCUCGACCUGUCGCACAAUCCCCUGCAGAGGAUCGAGCCGGGUCCGUUCGAUCACCUCACGAACAUGGAAUAUCUCAAGCUGAACGGAUGCAACUUAACCUACAUAUCCUCCGAGGCGUUUUCCCACCUGGAAAAUUUGCGACAGCUGGAGAUAGCGGACAACGCGCUGAAGACGUUGAAUUGGCGGAACCUUCUCGCGCCGUUGGUGCGCUUGGAGCAUCUCGAUAUCCGCGACACCGGCGUCACGAACUUACCGGGCGACGCCUUCGCCAAGAACUUGUAUCUGCGACAAUUGGUCCUCGCGGACAAUGAGCUGUGGCAUUUGGACGUCGAAGACACCCUCGGUCACAAUCUGCACAGUCUUCAGUCGCUGGACCUGUCGAAUUGCAAUCUGCAAGAUCGCCUGUCCGAGGAGGCCUUCAGAAACGCGAGCAAGCUGCGUGUGUUGAACCUGAGCGGCAAUCCGAUGUUCGCCAGCGACUUGACCGCCGUCCUCCGCCACUUGCCGAAGCUCCAUAAGCUCUCCCUCAGCAAUUGCAGCCUGCGGAGAUUGCCGAAUGCCUUCGACAUCUUCGAGAAUCUCGAGGAGCUCGAUAUCUCCCAUAAUCCACUUUCCGACGCAUUCGUCAGUCUCCUGAAUCCGUUAAGAUCGCUCGAGUACUUGGACAUGUCGUACUGCGACCUCGGUUACGUCGGCAACAAUACUUUCGCGCAAAUGACCUCGCUGAAGCAACUGAUCCUCUCGGGCAACGAGCUACACACGCUGCAGGAAGGACUGUUCGCGAACCUGACGCGCCUGGAGAGCUUGGAACUGAACAACUGCGACCUGAAAGUACCGCUGGACCCAAAGGUCUUCGGCAAUCGCCUCUCGACGAACAUAAUCGAGCUCAAGCUCAGCGGUAAUCCGCUGAGCGUGCCCGACGAGGGCUCGCUGUUAUCGACGCAGCUGUCCAAUCUGGAGAUUCUGGAUCUCAGUAACUGCGGCAUCUCCCAUCUGAACGAGAACAUAUUCGCCGCGAUCAACAAUCUCACGCAGCUAAAUCUCUCGGGAAACACCAUCUCCGGCGUGGAGAACCUUAGUUCUCUGAGGAAGCUGCACGCGUUGGAGCACGUAGAUCUGAGCAACAACAACCUGAGCACGAUCAAUCCGAGUGUGUUUGGCUCGAACCCGCGCUUGUUGUCCAUCAAUCUUAUGGGCAAUCCGUUCAUCUGCAACUGCUCCAUCGCGGAGACGUGGGACUGGGCCGUGCAAGAGAAGGGCGACCUCCACGUGCUGGUCGGCAGCCAGCCGGCCAACUUCGAGACCGGCUCCGCGAAACGACGGAAGAAUCUCUCCUGCUCCUAUAAUGAAGAGACCUAUCGAAGCAUGACGGCCGGUAGUCAGGCAGCCGCGAGUCGCAAGCACUACCCCAGUCUGUUCACACCGUCGCGUACCUGGGCCAAAUAUGUCCGCGAGUCCAACUGCAGUCGGCGCUCAUGAUACGCGACGACCUACCAGCACCCGAUGUUGAACGUCUACUACUACAAAAUAUGCAAGCAUAAACAGAAAUUAUGAGCCGAGUCACUACUGCUGUUGAAUACUACUAUCGCGCGACAUCUCCGUACAAGUCAUGGCGCAGCGAUACCAAUGGGCGAUUUAUACUUUUGUGGCAUUAUCUUUUUAGUCAUAGCACUUAAGGCCAGAUCUGACGUGUGUAGCUUGCGUUCUUAGAAGAUACACCCGCAUUGAGAUGUUGCUUAACAAGUAAGUCUCAUAAAUACUCGGUUUUGUAUAUAAUAUAUAUUAUACUGUCUUUCUUUUUUUUUUGUACAUAUCGUAAGGAUUGAUUGUCGCUCUAAAUGUCUUGUUGUAUCCAACUCGAUAAAGUAGUGCGCUUAGGCGGGUGUUGGAACGAUCAGCUAGCAAUGAACGGCGUUAGAUGAAGAAAGAUUGCGGGGGGAAAAGGAGAGAAAUCGCAACAGUAGAAUUCAAUUAGAGGGAAAGAUACGCAACGGAUUAGCAAACGAGAGACGUUCCUCGAUUUCGGGUUCGAGGAUCAAUGUCACUGAAAUUUCGCGCGUACCCAUAGUCGUCCUCGAUCUCGGAUUAUCGCGCAGCGACGAUAACGCGCUGAUUCGUGUUGCUUUAGUCAUAAAUUGUAAAAGACUGUGUUUAAUAAAGUUUCGUCGAUCCUUCUUGAUA